AAUGUAUUGUUAGAGUCAAAAACUGUGAAUUGAAAUGGCGUAAAAAAAAAAAAGAAAAAAGGUUGCAGAGUGAUGGCAGCCAUGGAGUUGAAAUGCUCGGACAUAAGCUCAUGGAAGGCGGCUCUGUCGUCCUACAAGUCCAGCAUCGAAUCCUUAAACAAACCAAACCUUAUUUCCCUCGACGAUUUCUACAGGAACGAGCUUCCGGUACUGGUAAAGCAGAGGAACCCUACUCCAUAUAUAACGACUGAUGAACUCUCAAAAUUAAUGCAGUGGAAGCUGAGCAGGGGCAAAUGGAGGCCCAGGCUGCUGGACUUCGUUUCUUCGCUGAACGACGACGUUGUCAAAUCAGCCUCGCGAAAAGCGUUCGAGUCGUUGCCGGACGUUUCUAAAGCUGUUAAGGAGCUCACCGUCUUGAAAGGCGUGGGCCCCGCCACUGCCUCCGCUAUUCUCGCUGCCUAUGCUCCUCAUAUUACUCCAUUCAUGUCCGACGAGGCGAUGGAAGCAGCAAUUGGUAACACGAAGGACUAUACAUUGAAGAGUUAUCUAGUUUUUGUGGAGAAGUUACAAGCCAAGGCAAUGGAACUUUCGAGCGAGGAGGACCUAUUCACACCAUCAGAUGUUGAGAGGGCUUUGUGGAGUGCUUCUGUAGCUGCCAAGUCAAAAGCUUUAUCAUCAAAGCCUGCUGAGGUUGACUUAGACAAGAAUUCCAAAAGAAAGAGAAAGCGGUGAUUGGAAACUAACUAGUCCGAUUCUGGCACUAACUAGCACAUAAGUUAAUUCUUGCACUGUGUUAUACCCAAGUAACUCUAGUAAUGUGCAGCUUGGGUUUUCUUCCCCAUGGAAUAUGUCUAUUGCAAGACAAUUUUUGGUACAAAAAAAAAAAAAAAAAAAAA